CAAUGGGCACUGCAAGUCGAGGUCCACAUCCACUGGCAACAUAAAUGCUCCUCAAGACAAGGACAUGGAGAAUGUUGUUGAGCCAACUGACGACGACGACGAGCUGGACGAGGAGGAUGAGGAGCUGGAGGAUGACCUGGCGGAUGAUUUGCUUAGCCUCAGCGGCGAUGAGGACUACGAUGAUGAGGAGCUGCAAAGUCUCGACAGUUUCUAUUCCGACAUGUACAGCACGCACACCUCGUCGAGCUACUCGCCCAGCAUCUCGGAUGGCACAUUGACGCCCAACUCGGUGCAGCAGCAGCAGCUGCCCAAGGCUGCCGCCGAGGACAAUCAUUCCGAAGAGUCCAAGGCAAAUGGUGAGGGUCCUGCUGCGGAGCAACAGGAUCUGGCCAAGCCGAAGCGACCCGCUCAUUUGCAUCAUCAUCAUCAUCAUCAUUAUCAUCAUCAGCAAGCGCUGAAAAUUGCCAACAAGCUGCGCAAAAUCAAUAAGGAAGCCAAGUUGGCAACCGCAGGAGCAGCACACGGAACAGGAGCAGCAGCAGGAGCAGCAGGUGGCGGAGGUGGAGGAGUUGCCGCCAGCAAGUUUGAUAAGUUGACAGGCGAAAGCAUUAAAAGUCGCGGCGACGGCUCCUAUCAGUGUCAGUUCUGUGAUAAAUCAUUUCCGCGACUCGGCUACUUGAAGCAUCACGUCCAGAGCCAUGCCGAACAUUUGCCUUUCAAGUGCGAAUACUGCGCCAAGCUGUUCAAGCACAAGCGAUCCCGAGAUCGCCACAAGAAGCUGCACACCAACGAGAGGAACUACAAGUGUCCGCACUGCGAGGCUGCUUUCUCCAGAAGCGAUCAUUUAAAGAUUCACAUGAAGACGCACGAUAUUCAGAAGCCAUUCCAGUGCAGCAUGUGCAAUCGUGGCUAUAAUACUGCCGCUGCUUUGACCUCCCACAUGCAGAAGCACAAGAAGAAUGCGGCAAUUCUGGCAGCUGGUGGCAAUCCCAAUGCUCUGAAUUAUAGUCCACGCUCGACGGGAUCGGCGUCCAUUUCGAGCAAUGGCAGUUUGCACAAGCGACGCUAUGCUUUGGCACUUGCCUCCGACAGCAGUCCAAGUCGCCUGGAGUUCCCCAAGCGGGCACGUGGUGUUACCGUGCCGACCACGCCCACUCCAACGCCCCUGCUGCGUUGCAGUUACUGCAGUCCCAAGGUGACCGAGUUUAGCAGCCUGGAACAGUUGAAUGCCCAUCUGCAGGCGGCACACGAACAGCAACAGCAGCCGGGCGCAAGGAGCUCGACAGCCACCAGCAGGGAGACCACAGUGGAGACAGUGGAGCCACCCACGAAUGGUUUCCAGCUCAGCUGCGAAUAUUGCACAAUGAAAUUCGGAAAUAUUGCGGCACUCUUCCAGCACAUGCGCACCACUCACUUGGAUCGCCUAAGCAGUCCCAACUCGUAUUAUGAGCACUUUAAUCGUUUGGCCACCGCGGGCACAUUUAGUCCACGCUUGGAUAUGCCCAAGAUCAAGCAGGAUUUGCCGAGUCCGCCGGCGGAGGAGCUGCCAACGGAUCUGAGCAGCAAUAAGCGACGAGCGAUGACGCCGCCAGCGCCACCUGGCGUCUUCUUUUGCAAUCAGUGCAACGCAGGGUUGCCAGACUUUGAGAGUUUUCGCAAUCAUCUGAAGACGCACAUUGCGGAAGGCAUGCAACUGAUAUGUCCCCACUGCGGACUGAGUCUGCCGGAGCAGAGCGAAUUCGAGCGACAUGUUGUCGCCCAUUUCCUGAUCAGCAGCUCCGAGUUCAAUUGCGGCGCCAGUUGUGGCAAAUCUUUUGCCAAAUCGGAGGAACUGCAACAGCAUCUGAUCAGCGAACAUGUCCAGACGCUGCUCAAGUGUGUGAUCUGCUCGGAGCUGUGCGAGAAUCGCAUGUCCAUGCAGCUUCAUUUGGCCUGUGCCCACAGUCAGGAGACGAAGCUGCUGCGGUGCAGCGCUUGCUUGGAACUCUUUCGCAACGAUACGGAUUUCCAUGUGCAUGUCAAGACGCGACAUCAACUGGUGGGUGGCGGUGCUGCUGGCGGAGCAGUUGGUGGACCACCCACUGCUCCACCUGCCAAUCCGUUGCAGUGCAUGUUUUGCCGCGCUGUUUGCGCCUCGGAGCUGGAAAUGCACUUCCAUUUGGCGGCGCAUGCUCGCCAAUUCCGUUGUCCCAGUUGCCCGGAAACGUUCCACGUCGAAUUCCUGCUCGAUCGGCAUAUGCAGAGCCAGCAUGGCGGCGUCAAGGAUGGCAAACAGGAGCAGCAGGGUGCCAACAAUGCGAUGGGCAGUCUGUAUGUGAAUGCCUUGUUGCCACCGUUGGCGGCGGCAGCAGCGGCUGCGGCAGCUGCCACAAACAAUAACAGUAAUCUGCAUAUUGAUUACAAUGUGGCGUUCAAGGGUCUGUUUGGAGGCGGCAAUGCCACGCCCACCAACACGCAGCCAACCAACAAGUUCUACAGUCCUUUGCAGGUGGAUACAAGUGCGCUGAAGCCCCAACAGACGCCGCAUCCCGCUCUGAUGUACGGUCUCAGUCAGCGCUAUUUGAUGGAGAUGUAUGCGGCGAAGGCAACCUCGCCGGCGGCCAGUGCACCCGAGCUGCCGGCACAGGCAACCCAAGCGGCAAAUGCGACGGCAUCCAGCACGGGCAGCAGCUACAGUUGUGGCAUGUGCGAGCGCCAGGAUUUGCGCAGCGAGGCCGAACUGCAUUCGCAUCGCAAGUUGGCACACAAUCUGAAGACGGGCGUCAGUUUGAGAUGUGCCUACUGCUCAGGUAACUACAAGUCGCGGGCGGAGCUGGAGCAGCACAUGAAGAGCUGCCACAAUUCGAGUGGCAAGCACAAGUGUCUCAUAUGCGACGAGAUCUUUCCGUCGCCGGCGAUACUCGCCGAGCACAAGUUGCAGCACUCGAAGGUGGGCCAGUCGGGCAAGUGUGCCCAUUGUGGCCAGCAGCUGGAGCAUGUCGCCGCAUUCCGUGCCCAUCUCGGCGAGCAUGGCAACGAUGGUAAUUUGCCCAUGGCCUGCAUUUGUUGCCGUCAAACUUUGCACUCGGAAUUCGAGUUGAGUUUGCAUGCCAAAUUCCACACAAAAUCACCGAGUUGUGGCAGCCUCCAGGAGCCCGUCUGUGCACUGUGCCUGGAACCCUUGCCGGGUGCGGGCGAAACCGCCAAGCUGUGCGAGAAAUGUUGUCGCAAACAUAACCUGAAUGGCAAACGCAACAAGGACGCAGCUUUGCCACCAGCAGCUCCAGUCCCACCAGCAGCCAGCACAGUGGGCUAUCUCGAGAAUCGUUGUAAUCUGUGCAAACUGAUAUUGCCACAUGCCAAGAAACUGCAGGAGCAUCUCGUGGAGCACACGUUUGCCGGCACCGAGCAGCGUGGUUUCAAUUGCUACAUUUGCUCGGCGGUCUUUACGGCACCCGGUGGCCUUUUGGCCCACAUUGGGGAGCAUGGUGCUCGACCCUACGAUUGUAAUUUGUGCCCGGAGAAGUUUUACUUUCGUGCCGAGCUCGAGCAUCAUCAGCGUGCCCACGAACUAAGGCAAAUCCCAACAGCCGCUGCUGCACCGACACGGCCCACAACCAAGCAGGAGGCGCAGCACAGCUCAUCGGCCAGUUCACCCGUGCUCACGCUCAGUCCCAGUCAUGUGAAGCAGGAGCUCUACGAAUCGGAGGCGGCUAACUCACCGCAGCCCGACGAGGAGUCACCCACGCAGGAGGAGGAGGAGUACAUUGAGGUCGAGCAGAUGCCACACGAGACCCGCUCCAACGAACUGGUCUCCACGGAACGCUCCAGCAACAGCGCCUGAACAUGCAGCCAACUUCUUAACUCAAGUAUUAAGCAAUCUGCAAAUUAAUCACACUAUUUAACUACAUCAUUAAAACGUUUAGCGUCCUUCAG